GCUAAGAUGGCGCCCUCCUUGUUACCUUCCUUCAUUGCGAGCUGUCGUCGGUGACGUGGAUUUAAAGUUUAUUUAGCCUUAAUGUUGAUGAAUCCUUUGUAUUUUUUUGAGCGGUGCCUAGCGUCUCUUGUGCAUUCCCGAAAUGUUUGAAAUCACAGACUUUCAAAAGAUUGGCAUCGGACUUACAGGGUUCGGAGUGUUUUUCCUGUUCCUGGGCGUCGUCUUCAUUUUCGAUAAGGGGCUCUUGGCGCUGGGAAACAUCUUGUUCCUGUGCGGUUUGGCGUUCGUCAUCGGCUUGGAGAGGACGUUCCGGUUCUUCUUCCAGAGGCACAAGAUCCGCGGAUCCGUGGCCUUCUUCGGCGGGAUCUUCAUCGUGCUCUUCGGAUUCCCCGUCGUCGGCAUGAUCAUCGAGAUGUACGGCUUCGUCGUGCUCUUCAGCGGAUUCCUCCCCGUGGCAGCUAAUUUCUUGCGGAGGAUACCAGUGAUUGGCACCAUUUUGAACUUACCCAUCCUCAACAGGGUCCUUUCCCUUGCAGAGCAGCCCACUAACUGAUGUUCAGAAGAUGAUAAAACAAAGAUUGCCGGAGACCCCAACAGAUCCAUGGUGUAAAUAUUUAAAUACAGAACUCGAAGACCUGCCAGAAUGUGACAGUAUUUGGCUCACCACAUUUUUCAUAUUGUAAACAUUUGAUAUUAAAGUGCUCAUUUUUAAC